GGGCCUUGAGGGAAGAAGCGGAGGUGGAGGAGCGGUCCGUUCGCUUGGGGCGUCGAGCUGAACACCCGCGGCCGCCCACGUCAAAGCCAGCCACCGCCGGAAAGAACGACAACUACACGAAGGCUCCGAAUUAUUGUUACCCGCUAGACCAUCAGUUUCGACGAGACUCCGGAUAGAGCUGCUUUCAAGGCCUUGGGGACGGGCAUUGAAUUGAAUUGCCAGCAUGUCUGUCACGCUGCACACCACCAAAGGCGACCUGAAGCUCGAGAUCUUUUGCGAGUCUGUCCCCAAGACUGCCGAGAACUUCCUCGCCCUGUGCGCCUCCGAUUUCUACAACGGCAGCCCUUUCCAUCGUAUCAUCCCCAACUUCAUCGUUCAAGCUGGUAGCCCAGCUUCGGAUCCCAAGUCGAAGAGCUCCACCUCGAUUUACGAUACACCCGAUCGCCUGUUCGAGGACGAGAUCCGCCCAGCUCUUAGGCAUAACGCCCGUGGAAUCGUCAGUAUGGCGAAUAAAGGCCCCAAUACCAAUGGCUCGCAGUUCUUCAUCACCCUAGCCCCCGCGCCGCAUCUAGAUGGCAAGAACACGGUGUUUGGAAAGGUCAUUGAAGGGGAUGAGGUGCUGGACGACUUGGAGAAGCUCGAAGUGGACAAGAAGUCGAGGCCGAAAGAGCGCGUUGAGAUCAAGAACAUCACAAUACACGCAAAUCCAUUAGCAGGAUGACGAUCUGGCAUUCCCACGACAAAGCGGUUUGGAGGAUGCUAAGACAAUGAAGAGUGACAUAAAUUGGAACAUGCAGAAAUGCUCUAUACGGCUUCGAGGCCUUGAUAUCUACGACCGCCCCAGGCUGAACAAGUGAAAGAAAAGAUGAUAACAGUCGUGUACGUCCUACGCGUCCUUAGUCGUCUCGGUCGUCUCGGUCGUAUCCGUCGGCUUGGCGGUAUCAGGCUCCUCAUACCCCUCGGUCUUCAUGUCUGCCAGGCCGAGUUCCUCCUCCUCCUCGGCAGUGCGCUCAUAAUCUUCUACCUUCAUCUGCGGAUCGGGUUCGGGCGCUGUGAAGCUCUGGAGAUAGCUGCUAGCU